AUGGCUUCGCCAACCGUUAAUGCGCAGCCUAUAGACCGAUCAGAGGGGCCGUUUGUGUUGCAACCAUGGGUCGAUUCAGUGCCUCUCUCCGCAGAUGGCACUGACGGCGAUAUCAAGAUCAACUGUGUCGAGUAUUUUGACGGUAACCUCUACGUCGGCACUUCUGCCGCUGAGCUUCUUCACUUCGUUAGCAUCCCUCCAGAUCCCUCCGACCCGUCCGGACGACCGGUGUUCAUUCCAGCCUCCAGGCUCUCCCCCGCAUUCGCUGAAAACACCACCUCUCGACCUGGUGUUCAGCAGAUCUUGCUCCUACCUCGCGUUGGGAAGGCGUGUAUAUUAUGCAAUGGAACCGUCACAUUUUACUCUCUUCCGGAGUUGAGUCCAGUUUUUGGGACGAAGCAGGUCAAGAAUUGCGGCUGGAUUGGUGGCGUUGACUUGAACGAAGAGGGACUUGGCGAUGGAGCUACGAACACUGGUGAGACCGUCACGGCUCUUCUUUCUCUCAAUAGGCGAAUCCAAGUUGUUAGGAUUGACGAAGAUGUGCGCGCUGUCAAGAAUAUCGACUUUGCAGGAAGCACUCUUUCUGUGCGACGAGAUUCUAUAGCAUGUGUCGCGGAUUCAAAGACGUACGCUCUUCUCGAUGUGGACCGACAACUAAAGAUUCCUCUCAUGAACAUGUCAUCUUUGGAAGAAAAUCCUAAUUCUGCCGAAUUUGGUCAUGUCCAAGACAUUGCUAAGGGCGCUGGUGGACGAAGUACCUCGAGAAGCCGGGCACAGCCUAGAAGCAGUUCACAAAGCCAUAACCGAAGUGCUAGCCUGGGAACCACAGGCCCGUCUAGAGACUCACCAGCUCCCGAUUCUCGAGGAACAAGCCCACGGCCGCCUGCCUCACAGGCGUUAUCUCCCCCCGGACAGCCAUCGAGCCCUCGACCUCCCGAGGAGCAUAGUUCAACUCCGCCACCCGGCGACAAGCCGCUACCAGCACCCCCUCCGCCAUCUAGCCCAGCUCCACAGAUUGUGACAGUUUUCUUAAAGCCGCAUAUUGCCUCACCAACCCCAGAAGAAUUCCUUCUUGUCAUGGGCACGACUCCUUCUGAACCUGGUGUUGGCAUGUUUGUAAACCUUGAUGGUGAUCCUACACGGCCAACAAUUACAUUCGAUAUAUACCCUGAGCUAGUUGUGGUUGACGGCAAUUCAUCAGGUGCUAGCUCGUCAGAAGAUGAAGACGGCUAUGUGUUUGCCUCUAUGACAAAAGAUGUCCAGGGUGUCCCUCACAGCGGAAUUGAAAUUCAAAGUUGGAGCGCCGGUAAUGAAGCACAUCCCGAAAAGCAAUGGCUAGAAGCAGAUGAUGCUAGCUUAAGUGGGAGAUACGGGAUUCGUGCUCUCACAAACAGCCAGGAGACCCAAUCUGACGAGGUAGUUGAGAAACUCAGCAUGAGAAAAUUCAUACCGUUUCCUAGCUCAGCUGAGUUCUCCGCUCCAAAGUCACCAACGCUAAAGCCCUCAAACUCUCGGACUACUCUCUCAAUCGAACAGCUAUCAAAGGAGAAAGAACUCUUCGAGCGUGACGCUGAUUCACAAGACGGUGAGCCGCUUCCAGAGGGGUGGGAAGCCGCACGAAUUACAGAAGGUGAGGAAUUUGCUCGCCGCCUUGCAAAAUCCAAGACGCGCGUUGCUGUAUGGCGUGGCAAUCGGAUCUGGUGGGCUGUUCGAAAUCCUCUGAUUGUCCAACUCGACAAGAGAUUGGAGAUUGCCCGCCAGGCAGCAUACAAUGAUAAGCAAGAUAUUGAUAAACGCGCAAUCAUUAUGGUUUUAUCGGCUAUUCGCGAUCGUGAGCCAAAGACGGAGCUCGAAUUCACUACAUUUGGCUACAUACAACAAAAAGCUGGAGUCAUCCUUUUGAUCAAUCUCCUUCUCUCGGCGCCAGACACAGAAUUCUCAGACGAUGAAUUAAAUGCUUUACAAGAAGUACUAGUCGAAAGUAAGCUUGAUCCUCGGGUUAUCCUAUCUCUAAUUCCGGGUGUUCGGAAUGAAAUUAUCGAAGGUCGUCAAGGUAUUUGGGUUUAUGGCGGUGUAAAAGAAUCUCCUGAAGCUUUCCUGGCAAGUCCAGCAUUCCAGAAUCUAUAUCAAGAAGGCAUUAGAGGCCUUCCGCUCAAAACUCUGCAUUUUUUGAGGCGCUAUCUACACGCCUGGAGAAAGUUAAAGGGCUUUGGAAGCGUAUUAGUCGAGGCUGAGGUGUUUCGAACAGUAGAUGCAGCACUACUACUUGUGCUACUAGAGCUUGACAGGCAUUCGCCCAAGGGUCUAGGGAAGGGAGGUGCCGUCAGAGCUGAGAUAGGUGCACUGGUGGACGGCGGCAUAGACUGCUUGGAUCGAGCUGUCAGCCUCCUCGAAUCAUAUCACAGAUUCUUUGCUCUGAGUCGAUUAUAUCACAGCCGCAAAAUGUCUGCCGAUGUUUUAGCGACUUGGAAGCGCGUCCUCGAAGGAGAGGAAGACGAUGCCCAAGAGUUAGUUGACGGUGAACAAAGAAUAAGGGAUUACCUUGCCAAGAUCAACAACCAAGAACUUGUUCAAGAAUACGGUCUAUGGUUAGCCAACAGAAACCCAAGACUUGGCGUGCAGGUAUUCGCCGAGGAUAAGAGCAAGGCACCCAAGUUUGAGCCCGCGAAGGCAGUGGAGUUACUGCGUGCGGAAGCUCCAGGUGCCGUCAGAUAUUACUUGGAACAUUUGGUGUUUGAUAAAGGCUAUGAAACAUACGUUAACGAGCUUAUUUCAUAUUAUCUGGAGGUUGUCAUGGACGAUCUCAAAUUGGACGAGAGCCGGGAGCGCGUCUUAGCCGCGUAUGAUGCCUACAGAGCUCUUCAAAAUCCUAAGCCAACGUAUAGGCAUUUCCUGACUGAAAAUGCCCCUGAAAACGACGAGGUCUGGCAAAGCCGCCUUCGGCUACUUCAACUCCUUGGCGGCCCUCAUGAGUACGACGUUGCUGCGAUUAGAGAGCGCACCGACAAGUUAUCAGGCGACCUGCUCGUCCCCGAGGCCAUCAUCCUCGCCGGCCGAGAACGCAAGCACGAAGAGGCUCUGCGUCUUCUAGUCCACAAGCUUGGCGACUACGACACAGCGGUGUCGUACUGCCUCCGCGGCGGUGCGACCAUCUACUCUCCCAUGCAGGGCCGCCGCGACAGCGUACCCGAAAUCGAACAGCAGCGCCGCCUCUUUCAGGUCGUCUUCAGGGAAUUCCUCGCCAUUGACGACGUCAGCGAUCGCGUUGGGCAAACCAGCGCUCUACUUGACCGCUUCGGCGGGUGGUUCGAAAUUGACGACGUACUGGCUCUCAUCCCUGACCGGUGGUCAGUCGACAUCGUUGCCGGAUUCCUCGUUGGGGCUAUCCGAAAACUGGUGCAGGAGAAGAACGAGGCGAUGAUGAAGAGAGCCCUUAGUGGCACGGAGAAUUUGAGGGUGAGUUAUGAUUUGGUCGUGAAGAUUGGCGAGAAGGGGCCGAAGAUUGAGGAGGCGCCGAGUCAGGAAUAG